AUGGCUUUUAAUAGUGAUGAAGUGAAUUUGCUUGUUUAUAGAUAUUUGGAAGAAUCUGGGUUUCGGCAUUCCGCAUUCACAUUUGGUUACGAAUCGAGUGUUUUGAAUGCCGGCCUUGACAGUAUGUCAAUUCCUCGAGGAGCAUUAAUGUCUUUACUUCAAAAAGGCGUUCUGUUCUCCGAAGCAGAAGUAUUUUCCUUAUUAACAGAUGGAGAAAUAGAUGCACGUUUCGAGAAGGCAAUUGGUUGCAUGACAAUACUUGAGUGCGCCAUGUGUGACUCUGCAAGAACAAAAGCUUUAAGUCGUCGAUUAAUGGUAGCUACAACUUCUGCCUCGUCUUCUACAAAUACUCAACAACAGCAACAACAAAAGCAACAAUGUCCAUUAAACGACCAACAAACUUCUGUUCAACAACAGAGAAGAACACCAAGCAGAUUAACACCUCAGACACAAAUACCAACUACCUCAACUUCUGAUCAACCAAUUAUUACUCCAACAACUUCAUCUACAACAUCUAUAAAUUCUACAUUUCUUCAAAAUCAUGUAAAUCAAAUGAAUUUAAUUCUUCUUUGUCAAAUAAACAACAAAUAACAGCCAAUCAACAAAUUUGUAGAGAUCGUCUUGAUUUUUCAAUAAAUAGUAGUAAUGGAGGAAGAAAUAUUCAACACAAUCAACAAC